CACUACUAUGUGAGGAAGAAUACCUGUACAUUUGGCCAGAUUCUGUAGCAACGCAACUAAUCAAGAAAACCAAACAUUCAAGAUGUUCGCAACUGUCAUAUAGAUAUUACGGUAAAUUAUAAUAGCAAAUUACCUCUACGAUCAGAAUAUCAAAUUGAAUCCGCGACAUGUCGGUGCACUUCGACGAGAGGAGCGGGGUGGUCCCCUGUCAGACAAGCUGGGGUUCAUGGAGCCAAACUAUGGAGGAGGUCUUUGUCGAAGUCAACGUUCCUCCGGGGACGUCUGCUAAAGAAGUGAAAUGUCAUUUGGGAGCCAGAGACAUCGAGCUGCACGUCAAAGGGAAAGAGGUUAUCAAGGGGAGGUUGUUUGGCACAACUGUGUCGGAUGAAGCUACAUGGACUCUCGAAGAUAAAUGUCUCAUCCGAAUUGUCCUGAUGAAGACCAACAGAGAGGCUGGGAACUGCUGGUCUUCCUUGUUAGAGGGAGAGUACUGUGCCAAUGCUUGGGUCCAGGACCAGAUGCAGAGAAAGCUCACGCUGGAAAGGUUCCAGCGAGAGAAUCCCGGAUUUGACUUCAGCGGUGCAGAGAUUUCUGGAAACUUUGCUGGUGGUGGUCCAGACUUCUCCAGCUUACAGAAGUGACUUGCCUACAUAAUUUAAUACUGAGGUUGUCAGGUUGGCCUAAUGAGUAUCCACAGCACAAAGGAACUGAAACUGUAGACUGACUAGAUCUGAUGAUGUAGGAAGCCAAGUUUCACUGCCAAUGGAUGUUACUUUGAGAUUGUCCCACCAGUCUGGUCCUGAUGCAGAAGUAGCUCAUGUUUGAGUGUACUACAGAGGACAAGUGUUGACAGUAGACACGCUGGUGUUGCUUUUGAAGCGACAAGCACUCAAAGAUAGCUUUUCAAUAAAGUUUUAUUGAAAGGUACAAGUACAUUUGGAGAUAGUGUUUUCAGUCCUUUUGAAUGUAUUUUUGGAACUAAAAGUGACACUUGUCAUACAACACAAAGAAAUUGGAAAAGGAAAUGCAAUGCAAAUUCCAUUGUCUUCGUAAUUGAAAACGUGUGGCGCUUCACUCUGUGCCAUCAAAUGUAUCAAAUGGAGAAAAAAAACCCUCAUCUUCAAACGCUGAUGACCGCUCACGUUAAGUGAAUGUGGCGGUUUCACCAAUAGCUUUAACUUGCUCUUUGAAAAAAAGAAAAAAAAAACACCUUGGGUAGGAGUGUGCAUUCAAGACAGCUUAGCAACCUAGGGUGGAAGUUAAGGAUUUUGGGCCCGAUUUCUUGGUUCCAUAUUUUUGUUUCUCAAAAUCCUUCUCCCUCCUCUUCCACAUGGUGGACUGAGGACCUAGGUGGUUCAAUACUUUGAGCUUAAAACAAACAACCCGUUCCAGGAAAUACCAAACACCAUGGUACGGAUUCAAACAAGGACAUACUUGUGCACUCGCACACCCGCGGAAAUAGAAGUGACAGGAUAGUUGUCUGUUAAGUAGGAAAACUGUUUUAACUUAGAGAACGCCAUCUCACUGUUGAGGCUCUUUAAGUUAAAAAAAAAAAAAAAAAAAAAAAAGCCUAAUCACCUGAAAAGGUACAUCCAAUCAGAGAAUAAGGUAAUUUCGGGUCAGGUGAUGGCAUGGUGGCCAAGACUUUUAACAAGCUGACUCAGGUAUGGUGGGAAGAUGAGUGAUCUUGUAGUAGCUGUGCUUAAGCUGACGAGCCGUUCUUCCCGAAAUUGUCCAGCGAAGCCUCUGGCUGUUGGGCCUGGAGCACUUGGUGGUGGCGUAUUCAGCCAGGCAUUUCCCCACCAACUCCCGCACACACACAAGAUCGCCAUCUUUGAGCUGUAAACAAACGCGUUUAACAGUUAAAACGGAAGAACAGUUUGUUGUGGUAAUACUUGAACCACUUACAUGCAGUGGUAUCCAAUAAGACCUCCUACAAUGUUACUUACAGUCAGUAUCUUAUGCAGAUUGUUCAGGGCCUCAGAAAUGUUCUCCCUGUGCUCUGGGUCAUGUUGGUUGUCAACCUCAAGACACAAGAGAGCCAUGGCAAGCAGAGAUGGCUGCAGACGAACCGAAGAAACAGGAUACUCACUUUAACAAGUGACAAUAAGUGUGCAAUAAAACCUCACUUCAUGACAUGUGGUCAGAAGAUCAGGAACCUCCCAGCCAUUUCGGCCUUCAAUACAAAAGCUCCAAGAAGCCUCAGGUUCAUAUUGCCAAAUAGCAAUAUGUUUUAUUUCAGCACACAUAUGAAAAUCAUUUCUCAAGAUGCACCCUUAAAGUUCGCCUCCUUAGCUGCUGACACAUGCUAGAAUGCCCAUAAUGUUACUCCAUGUUGUUUUUUAGUGCGGCUUCACUGUAUUUUGGUCUGUUUUCAUUUAUUUAUUUUACCAUGGUAAAAGAAACCGAACAGGGGUGGGAAACCAUGUUUACAAGCCCUUUUAAUGAAUUCAAACGCGAGCGAACAAACUCACGAUGUGAAAGCACCCUCAGUAUUUAGCAGGACACCUACCUUCAAUUUGGAGAAGACAAAAGAGCAGUGGCAAGCUUUCAGUUGAGCCUCCAGUCUCUCGAGGCUCAGGAAGUUCUCACUGUUAAAAGACAAAUCUUUAAGAAUAACCACUUUGACCAUAUUUAUAUUCUAAAUGAAUUCAUCUGCUGAAUAAAGACAUGCAUCCAAAAAUCUACAGGUCCCAAAUACUUCUAGCUACUGUUCUCUUUUCAGUGCCAUGUCUAGUUGAGCGAUGUUGAUGUGCUGACUUGUCCUCACCUCUCAGUGCCAAGCUGCUCCUGGACAUGGCUGUGAAAGAGGCGGAGGAAGCGGAGGGCAGUGGGCGCCUUCACCUUCCAGUUGACUUUCUCCAUAAUGAUCUUCUCCAUCCGCAUCAUGUCAGACACGGUGAAGCGGUUCUGACUGAUGCGGAUCAGGUCGUUGGCGAGGGGGACAUUUUUCUUGUCUUCCGAGGACUUCACAGCGAUGUAGAAGCAGCAGAGACCCACACAGGACAGGUGCUUUGGUUGUAUCUGCAGAGAGCAGGCAUUGAGAACUGUGGAACAUUUGGUAACCGUCAACAAGACCUGAAUUUCAGGUGUUACUGUACAAACCUUCAUGACCGAGAGGAAGCGGUCUAGCAGGCUGAUGGCCAGAGAGAAAGUGUCAGAGCUGAAACCAAAGAACCUGGUCAGAGUGAGCAGGUCCUUCACCUCCAGCUCUCGGAGUCUGGUCGUCAUCCUCAGUCCAUUAUCCUGUGCACUCUCAAUGAUCCUCAAACCACUCAGUUUUGGCUGGAAGCGGCCCUCCAGGUCUGUUAAGGCCUUCAAUUGGACUGCAAAAGGCAGUGCUGUAGGUCCUGUCACCGUGUCAAUCAUCUAUGUGGACAUCACAAAAAGUUAUUAAUCAUUCAUUUUCUUC